AAGGGGGGAUGGGCUAAGCAGCUCUGGCAACACAGUACAAGGUUUCAGCUGCAUCACGCAGGUCUGGUCAUACAUACUCCGGCGUGUUGUAUCCACGAUUGUAUCAGGAUUGUGACCAGUCAUGGCUGAUGAGGGAUAUGUUGUACGAAUCAGGGGUCUCCCAUGGUCCUGCUCUGUGGAUGAAGUACAGAGGUUUUUCUCAGAUUGCAAAAUUGUCAACAAUGGAGGCGGUAUCCACUUCACCUACACAAGAGAGGGGCGUCCCAGUGGAGAGGCGUUUGUCGAGUUGGAGACAGAGGAAGACCUGAAGAUCGCAGUGAAGAAGGACAGAGAAACUAUGGGUCACAGAUAUGUGGAGGUGUUUAAAUCCAACAACGUCGAGAUGGACUGGGUCAUGAAGCACACUGGUCCAAACUGUCCAGAGACGGCAGGAGAUGGGCUCGUCCGGCUCCGAGGCCUUCCCUUUGGCUGCAGCAAGGAGGAGAUUGUACAGUUUUUCUCAGGGUUGGAAAUCGUGCCAAAUGGGAUAACAUUGCCGGUGGACAUCCAGGGGAGGAGUACGGGGGAGGCCUUCGUGCAGUUUGCUUCACAGGAUAUAGCUGAAAAGGCUCUAAAGAAACACAAGGAAAGAAUAGGGCACAGGUACAUUGAGAUCUUCAAGAGUAGCCGUGCUGAGGUGCGGACCCACUACGAACCCCAGCGGAAGCCUAUGGGCAUGCAGAGACCGGGCCCCUAUGACCGGCCGUCUGGUGGUCGCGGCUACAACAUGAUGGGCCGAGGGGGAUCCUAUGACAGAAUGCGUCGUGGAGGCUAUGGAGGAGGUGUAUCCGAUGGACGGUAUGGCGAUGGCGGGUCUUCCUUCCAGAGCACAACAGGCCACUGUGUCCACAUGAGGGGGCUGCCAUACAGAGCCACAGAGACAGACAUCUACAAUUUCUUCUCGCCGUUGAAUCCAGUGCGGGUCCAUAUUGAGAUUGGCCCGGAUGGCAGGGUAACCGGUGAGGCAGAUGUAGAGUUUGCAACACACGAGGAUGCUGUGGCAGCCAUGUCCAAAGACAAAGCCAACAUGCAACACCGCUAUGUGGAGCUGUUCUUAAACUCAACAGCAGGUGGCAGUAACGGCGCCUACAGCAGCCAGAUGAUGGGUGGCAUGGGGAACCAGUCGUCUUAUAGCGGCGGCCAGCUGAGCUCAGGGUAUUCUGGUGGAUACAGCAGCCAAGGAAACAUGGGCGGCUACAGUGAUUAUAGUAACCAGGGCGGAAUGGGAAGCAGUUACUACGGCAGCGGUGGAGGAGGAGGAAGCAGAGGCUCUAUGAAUGGACUGAGUGGGGGAUGGGGAAUGUAGAUUUUUUUUUUUUCCUUUUCUUUUUUUUGUGUUCCCUUAUGUGUUUUUUUAACUCAGCAUUUUGCUGGAAGGACUGGAAAUGUAAGUCUCACCUAGUAAACAUAGGGUAGGGUCAGGUGAGGUUGUUUUGAAAAAAUAAUGAGGGGUAGGGUUUGUAAUUUUUUUUAAAGUGGAUGAUCUUCAGAGAGAAAUGAGAUCGUCUGGUAUCACAAGUGUCAGAGAGAAGCGCUGUUUGUCUUCCCCAUUCCUCACAGAUUUGACACAUCACAGGAACCGUGCUUUAAAUUUUCAUUACCGGGAAGUGUGCCGUUUUUUUGUGUUCUCGUUCUCCAGACACCUGGCUGUUUCCUCAAGGUUAAUUCAUCCUGUGCUGGUGGCUUUAACACUAGUUUCAAUGUCUGAGUGCAUGAACAAAAAAAAAACCCGAAAAUGUCUGGUAUCCUCUGUUUAGACCUUGUUUCACCUUUAUAUGUAGUGAUCAGCCUUUUUUUUAUUUCCAGUUGAAAUGUUAAUCUGAAUUUGAGACUUCACAUAUUCAGAGCAUGUUUUGUUAAGGUGUGACUGUUGAUAGGGCAGUUUUUCUUGAUGAGGGCUAUAUCAAGGGCAACUGAAUAUCAAAACUGCUGACAUGAAGGUUUCUACUGCUUCAAAUGCUAUUUGUAUUUCCUGUGCACAAAGUGAAUAAACUAGUCUGGAAUAUCUAAUUGAAACAAA